GAUAUUUUCAAGAGUUAAGAUAUUUGUCGUGUCGUAAGAUGUAAGAUAAAUGUUAAUGUAACCUUUUGAUAACAUUGUUGUUAUGUCGUAAGAUGUAAGAUAAAUGUAACUUUUUUCAUUCUUAUUUUCAGAAUUUGAUCUUGCUCUCUUUACACCAACAUCUCUUCUUAGCUCAACUCAACUCUCUCUCAAGGGAAUGGCGACUCCGGUUGAACCACCAAAUGGGAUUAGAGCUGAAGGGAAGCAUUAUUUUUCCAUGUGGCAAACUCUUUUUGAGAUUGAUACUAAAUAUGUGCCGAUUAAGCCGAUUGGUCGAGGAGCGUAUGGAAUUGUUUGUUCUUCUGUCAAUAGAGAAACCAACGACAAAGUUGCAAUCAAGAAGAUACAGAAUGCGUUUGAGAAUCGCGUUGAUGCGCUUAGAACUUUGCGUGAACUGAAACUUCUUCGACAUCUUCACCAUGAUAAUGUUAUUGCUUUGAAAGACAUCAUGAUGCCCAUUCAGAGGAAUAGUUUUAAGGAUGUUUAUCUUGUUUAUGAACUCAUGGACACCGAUUUGCAUCAGAUUAUUAAGUCUUCACAAUCAUUGUCUAAUGAUCACUGCCAAUAUUUCCUCUUUCAGUUGCUUCGGGGCUUGAAAUAUCUUCACUCAGCUAACAUCCUUCAUCGUGACUUGAAACCUGGGAAUCUUCUAAUUAAUGCAAAUUGUGACUUAAAAAUAUGUGAUUUUGGGUUAGCACGCACCAACUGCAGCAAGAACCAGUUCAUGACGGAGUAUGUUGUCACUCGUUGGUAUAGGGCACCAGAACUCCUACUUUGCUGUGACAACUACGGGACAUCUAUUGAUGUAUGGUCAGUGGGAUGCAUCUUUGCUGAGCUUCUUGGACGAAAACCUAUUUUCCCCGGUUCAGAGUGCCUUAAUCAACUAAAACUUAUUAUCAAUAUCCUUGGUAGUCAAAGGGAGGAGGAUAUUGAAUUUAUUGAUAAUCCAAAGGCAAAGAGGUACAUCAAAUCGCUUCCAUAUUCUCCUGGAACCCCCUUUUCCAGACUUUACCCCAAUGCACAUCCAUUGGCAAUUGAUCUACUGGCAAAGAUGCUUGUUUUUGAUCCCACAAAAAGGAUUAGUGUCACGGAAGCGCUUCAACACCCUUUCAUGGCCUCUCUCUAUGAUCCUAAUUGUGACCCUCCUGCCAUCAUUCCAAUUGAUCUUGACAUUGAUGAAGAUCUAGGGGAAGAGGUGAUAAGGGAGUUGAUGUGGAAGGAAAUGGUUCAUUACCAUCCUGAAUCUGCAAUGGAAAAUGCAGAGUUAUGCUCUUAAUAUUAUUUUCUUCAGGGUUCUUUUUUGUUAUGUUCCCUUUUGUUGUCCCAAUAGUGUCUAAUAUAAUAGCUUGCUUUGAAUAACUAGCAGUGCUAGCUCAUCAGUGAGCUCAAUAUAUAUUUUGUUUCCUCUUUGUUGAGAAUAGAGAAAACAGCUAAAAUAUGGCCAUCUUGAAAAAGCAUGAAACACUGUUUGCUGAUGAUGCCUGAUAGGUAGCUUUUAAUUGCCAUGUUGAGACAUUGGUUUUGUCUUGAACUCAGUAUUGUAAUUGCCUCCUUUCAGUUGUAUAUAAUGUGAUUUUUUUUAUUAA